AUGAGAAAUCCUCAACAAGACAUUUCAGAUUCUGCAACUGUUGGAAAUUUAGCAAAUGCUCAAGAAACAUCAUUACACGGUCUUGAAUUCACAAAUUAUUAUGAGCCUGCCCGAAAAUCACUAACACCUACACAUGGAGUUUGUUUGGAUGGAACAUUGCCUGGAUAUCACUUGCACUGUGGGCAUGGCUCUGGAGCUAAUAGCUGGCUCAUUCAAUUGGAGAGAGGAGGUUGGUGCAACAACGUCAUGACCUGUUUAUACCGGAAGAAGACUCAAUGUGAAUCUUCUAACGAUAUGGAGACGCAGCUCCAGUUCACAGGAAUACUGAGUGAUAAAGCUCGAGAAAAUUCAGGUUUCGUCUCAGUCUUGACUUCUUUUGAGACACGGUUGUAUACCUGUAAAGGAAAACGUGCAAUCCAUUUGAAGCAUGAGGAU